AUGAUUCCAUCUCAAUUAGCCAUAGUAAGAAGAAGGAAGAAAAGACAAAUUGAAUUACUACUACUUUUCAUGGUUGUUAACAAUAUCGUCACAAUCAUGUACUUAGUGAUGUGUAUGAUGGGUGUAAUUGUUUAUGAAAUUGAACGACCACGUUAUAGCAAAAGUGAGAAGAAACACCUUAGACAAAAGCACUUGGAUUCACUAAUCAAGGAUAGUGAUAUAGUUUGCAAAAGUGAACUUUGUGUGAAUAGAAGAACCUUUUAUGUCCUUUGUGAGAUGGUCAGAGAUGUCGGUGGUUUAAAUGGCACUCGAAAUAUGUCUUUGGAGGAAAUUGUAGCUAUGUUCUUUGGAGAAAGUGUUAGUAGAAACUUCCACCGAUGUCUUCUUGCCGUCUUAAAAAUACAUACUCACUUGCUUAAAAAGCCGACACCUAUAACAGAAGAUUGUGAAGUGGAUAGAUGGAAUAAUUGUUUAGGAGCCUUAGAUGACACUCAUAUUAGUGUUCAUGUGCCAAGUGAGGAUAGAGCAAGAUAUCAGACAAGGAAAGGUUCUAUUGCUAUGAAUGUGUUAGGUGUAUGUAACCCUAAUUUGGAGUUCAUAUAUGUUCAACCUGGUUGGGAAAGAUCCGCUCAUGAUGGUCGUGUCCUUCGAGAUGCUAUUACUAGGCCUAAUGGUUUAAAAGUGCCACUAGGUUCCUACUAUUUGGUAGAUGCAGGAUACACGAAUUGUGAAGGGUUUUUAGCACCAUAUAGAGGUCAUCGAUAUCACCUUAAAGAGUGGGGGGACCGACAACCAAUUAGUGCGGAAGAGUACUUCAACAUGAAACAUUCUAAGGCAAGUAAUGUUAUUGAGAGAUGUUUUGGACUAUUAAAAGGAAGGUGGGGUAUUCUUAGGACCCCAUUCUUCUUUCCAAUAUGUACUCAUCGGCGUAUAGUUCAAGCAUGUGUACUAUUACACAAUCUUAAUCGAAAACAUAUGCCAACAAAUUACACAAUGUAUUGGGAUUCUGAUAGUGAAGAAGGUGAAAGUGAUGAUGAGGGCCUAGAUGAUGAAGUUGAAUUGAUUACUCAAAUAGUUACUACGGAUACUUGGACUACUUAUCGAAAUAACUUAGCACAAAAUAUGUUUAAUAAUUGGAGACUUAGGCAUAGUAGCCAAACAUAA